ACGCGACUUAUGUUACGAUGUGUCCGAAGUGGUUUUGUUUCAGAAGCUGUACCGAAUCAUCGUCUUCCCUCCCUUUAACCUAAUCCUCGUCUUCGUGCGUGUGCGAGGUGGCCGGAUAUCGUCUUCCUAGCGCCCGCGUGGAAGCCGGCCGCGGCGUUGUUGGGUAAGGCGAGCGGCCCUCCGGUGGUGCCUCCCUUCUCUCAGGCGGAGGUGCCUUCUUCUCGUUCCUCUCGCCCUACCUCUCCUUCUCCCAACCCCUCUUCCCCUCUCGGCGGUGCCAGCCCUUGCACCCCUCGCCUUGCUGUUCUUUCCUUCACCUCCCGCGACGGGAGCAUGUUUUGUCUCAGCUUAAUCGAGCAUAACUUGCCUUUGCCUCCACACUUGCUUAACCGUCCUCUUCUUGAUGCAAUUAAGGAAGAACUUGAGAGGUUGUUUUUGGACAAGGUUCUCUCAAAUUUGGGUCUUUGCAUCUCUAUCUAUGACAUUCGAACCAUAGAAGGUGGCUUUGUCUUCCCUGGUGAUGGUUCUUCCACAUAUAAGGUCGUGUUUAGGCUAAUUAUGUUCCGACCAUAUGUUGGGGAGAUUCUUUGCGGAAAGCUUAAAGCAUCUGAUGCCAAUGGUUUGCAUUUGUCUCUUGGGUUCUUUGAUGACAUAAAGGUUCCUGUGCACCUACUCCCACACAAAAGCAGAAUGGGAGAUGAUGGCAUAUGGAUAUGGGAACAUGAGUGUGGAGACUUACCUAUGGAUUUAGACGAAGAGGUACAUUUCCGGGUGACCAAAAUUAAUUAUCCUCCCAUUCCUUUGGAGCAAGAUGCAAAUGCAAGUCCCUUCUCUCCUAUGGAGAUUAUUGGAGAGAUCUAUGGCGAUGGUUUGGGACUUCUUUCUUGGUGGGCAGACUAAGUGCCGAAAAACACAAAUUAAAGGACGAUUAAGGUUACUCCGUUGCAUCGGCAAUGGUUGAUCAUCACGUCUACAAAGACCAAAGGUAGUGUUUUUUUCUUUUUGGUAAUGUUAUUGUGAACAUAUUCAAUAUUCUCUCUCACACAGCUGGUUUUGAAAAGAUUUCUCGAGUGGAAAUGAUUGUGCCAGUGUAUUAAAUCUACAAUUAACUUUGCUUGGCACUUUACCA